AGGGGACACACCUGUCGGUGGCUAGGAGCAGAGAUUGGCUGGCUGGAAGCAGGCACCUGCACGGGGCGGGGUGAGCUGCUACAUGUAAGGCGAGCCCAGCCACACCAGCUCUUCCCUUUCCCAGCAGCCCACAGUGCCGACCUCGUCAUUGUCCCUAAGCUAUCCACUUGUCCAUGCUCAGCCUGUCUUUCUCUUUGUGUUUGAGCCUCACUGGAGGGAGAUAGUCAGGCCUCCUGGCCCCACGCUGAGGCUGGAUCUGAGUUGGGGGAAGGUUGGGCCAGAGCGAACCUGAGCACCAGAUUGUCCAUCACUGUGACAGGUAUGGGCGAAGGUGCCCAAGCUUCUCCAUGUCCUCCCAAGGCCUGGCUCACAUCCCUGGGGUCCUGGAGCAGGGACAGUGCUGGCCGCAGGACUGAGGACGAGAGCAACUUCCACCCUGCUCCUCAGCAGCGGAGGAACCUGUCAGGAACCUGUUGGGGCAGGUAAGGGCGGGCAGGAGGGGGAGGCUGCUGUGCAAGGAAGCUCAGCUUGGCUGGGGCCAGACCAGACCGUGGGGGCUGUGUUGACCAACCGUCUACUCGGGAGCCAGCACAGCCAACGUGCAGUGAGGGAUGGUGUUGGUGGGUGCAGAGCAUGCAGGCUUCCUUUCCUAAGAGAAGGUGGGUCCCUUGAGCCGUGGCUGGAUUUCAGUGCGGAGCCAUCUUGGGCCGGCCAAGGAGCUGUUGGGGUCCACAGGCCACAUCAUCAAGCCAGGGAGGUUCAGGCACCAGAUAGACUGAGGACAGGCUCCCAGAGGGAUUGCACCCAUUAUUGACCUGGCAACAGGACCUUCUAGGAAGUUCUUUUUCAAAGAGGAACUGACAUUCCUGAUCUACUUUGUUCUGAGAUGGGAGGGCUGCGGUCUCCAAGGUAGGUGUGGAGGAUCCGGGGUGGGAUGACUCUGUCUCUGCUCCAGAAUUUAUGUCUGUCUGCUCAUGGAAGGCUUGGUUUUUUCAACAGCCAUGGCCCGGAGUGACCUUGUGAUCAGAGACUGGCCAAGGCCUGUAGGCUGGUGAUCAGAGACUGGCCAAGGCCUGAGCAGGAAAAUGGGCUGUUUCUCACCUGCCCAUUUCUGUGGUGCUACCUUAGAGCUGGGGCUACUGUUACGUGGAGUCAGAAGCAAAGUUGAUUCUAAAGACUUUUAAAAUACCAAGCAGCAGGGUGGCAUUGAGCGGGGACAGUGAAUCUGAUCACCUCUGCCCUGUGCUGUAGGGCCAGACACACCCAGCCAAAGCCUGCACCUGGCUGCUGGCUGCUUGCACAGUUUCAGGUUUGGAAGUUGACAAUGGUGAUGGGUGGCAACUUCAUUUUCUUUGUGGCAACAGAAUUGUUUUCAUUGUUCUUGGUGAACAAAACUUUUAAGGUGUAUACUAUGUUUUGAUUAAUUUACUGUUAGCAUUAUAGGCCUUUUUUAGGAUAAGCAUCUGGAAAAAUAGAUUUCAUUCUGUUUUGUUUUUCCCACAUCCAGACGAAAUGUAGCACAAUUGGUAGCUUCUUGAAUUAGGCAAAGUAAAUUUUACAUUUAUGAAAAUGAAACUCAACCAUAAAACAUGGACACAGUCCACUGUUAAUUUUCAGACAUUUUCAUAAUUUGCAAGUACCUUAUUUGCAAAAUUGGUUCACUGGGUGAUUUUAGUGUCCUUAGAAUCAGGUGAACUGUUCUAAGGAGGAACCUGGCCCCUCAGAGGCACAGCAGGAUGUGAGUGUGCCCUGCGUGGCCGCCAAAAAGGGCUAAGGGACGCAGCUGGCUGUGUGGGCGAAAUGGCGGCUUUGCCUCGAAGACACGUAGCCACUUCGGCGGAAGCUAAGGCAGACCUGAGCAGGGAGAGCCAAGCCCGCUGCCCCCGCCCCCCUCCCAACCCCCAGCAGCCUCUGGCGUCUGGAUCUGGCUGAUCCAAGGCAGGCAGGAAAGGUUGGGUUUCAGUGCUUUGUUCUCUAGGCGGCCUGGCCAUUGAUUAAGGCCCGUUGGGCAGGUUAACCAGCCACUUGCUUUUGCACACCGGGAUUGCAUUCCUGGCCAGGCCCCCAGCCUCCUCCUGCUGCAUGCUGGACACCAUGGGGGGUGUUUGCUCUGCAGACCAGCCUGGGGCCUCUGGACCACCUUGAGCCUUUCCUCAAUUUUCCCAAGGGAGCCUGGUGGAAGGUGAUGAUUAACCAAGCGGUUGGGGAAGACAGGCCUUAGGAGCCUGAGGUACCUCGCCCAGGAGGGCACCAUGCUGCUCCACCCAGGCAGGCACCAUGCUGCCCAGAGAAGAACCUGUUUUCACUUUUAAUUUCUCAACCGAUGGCUGAAGCUCAAGCUGGUCUCACCCCUCCCCUGCCCCUAGGCCAGGACAAGCCAGGGUUCUCUACUGAGCUGCUGUGGCUGGAGGCUCCAUCUCCUGUGCCAGCCUUGCAGUGAUCCUCCUGCCCACUGCUUGCUCCAGGCCUCUUUCAACCCUUUGGGCAGGAUGAGGCUUCUGACCACCCAGUGGGCGGUGUAUAGCACUGGUUGGUCUCCCUGGCUGUAGCCAGACCAGCUGUGUGCUCUGUAGGGCUCCCCAGCCCUCAGGGCUCCCCAAGAAGUUCUGACCCUCAGUGGCCAAGGGCAUUAGUGACAUCAGGCCUGUCUGCCCACUGUGUUGUGAACUGCGCUUGACCUGGCCUGAAGGGUUGGAUGCUAGGCCCCUGACUACCCGCCCCCCCAGCCUCCACAGCUUUCCCUGUGGCCUGCAACCAGGAGAGGAGUUAAAACUUUCCUCGAUCUGAAAGGGAAGCCUUAGCUCAGAGAAGAAGUGAGACUGCAUUCUUUUUUUUUUUUUUUUUUUUUUUUGUCUUUUUCCUUUUUAUCGGUACCAGGGAUCGAAGUCACAACUGCCUGCUUGCAAGGCAGGCGCUUAUGCCGCUGAGCUAAACCCCCAGCCCUGAGACUGCAUUCUUAAAGCACAGAUCUAACAGGGUCUGAGGGACAGAUGUGUGAACCUGAAGGAAGGGCGCUCUUAUCUCUAUGGUACCUGGGGCUAUGGGGCAGGGAGUUGGGGCACCAGGGACUCAGACCCCGCACAACCCUGGGGGGUCCAGAUGCCUGAAAAGCAGCAGACCCACCUGCUGGGCUUACCUUGGGUAGGGCAGGUCCUUCAAGAAAUGCUGGCCACAGGGAGGUCUGGGCAGUGGCUGGGUCACCAUGGCCCCUGCUGUGGCUGGCUGGCAGCCUGGUAAAAUCAGCUCAGCCUGCAGCCCUCCACAGCCUGUGCAGGAAAAAGGUGCUGCAAUCAAGUUGCUCAGCUGGCUUUCCAAGCCCAGGUUGCCAUGGAUGGUAGGCUCUGGAAGAGGUCAAGGUGCCAGGCCUGAGUGUCCUGGGCUUGGCUCUCUGAGGGGCUGCAGGCUGGGCCCUGAUCAUGCAGGGGUGGAAGAAUUCCCCCUUCUAAGUAACCCUGUCCUCGUGGGUACCUCAGCAAAGGGUUCUAUGUACUGCUUGGGGCUGCUGUCUCCAUCUGCCUCAGAGCUAGACUGUAGGCCCCAGUGCCACUGGGAGACAAACAACCAAAGGAAGGCCAUCCUGCUUCUCGAGCUAGGUUGCUUCUCCACCAGCACCUUUCCUGGGCCCUAGAGAAGGGCAGGCAGGAGCUGGGCAGGAAGCAGGCUCUGGACAACGUCCUGGGGUAGAGUUGUAGAGUCCAGCAGUAUGGCCUGGCCAGACUCAGUCAUAGGAGGUGCAGAUCUGCGCACGCACUGGAGACCCGGGGUCAUGCCUCUCUCCAGGGCCAUCUUCUGCUCUCCUUUCUGUCCUUCGAACCACCAGCCUCUGGGUAGGACACCCUGGCUCUUGGAGUGCCCUUCUGGGCCCACGUAAGGCAGGGCUGGGGGGCAGGUGGAGAUUCACCAUGGCCCCAGCCAGUGAGGCUUCAGACACCUGGGACCCUGCCCAGCCCUUGUCUCACAAGGUUAUUCCCCACCCCAGGGCCUAGAGAGGACACAACUCCCCUCAGCACCAUCAGACCCCACCUGAUCCCCAGCUGGCGGCCCCUACACCAAUCUGGGCAGCCGUGGCCAUCUUACUGGGCAGCAUUGGAUGGUGUCUGGUCUCUAAUACUGCCUGGUAAUGAUGACGGCGGAGCCCUGCAUGCAGCAACGGGGCCGCCCUCCCUGCCUUCCCACCCCAUGAGUUCCCACAACACAUCCAUCCUUCCAUCCUGCCCACUCACUGCUUGUGGGUGGAGCUGCAGGACAGAAACUCUAUCUUGGGAAAAGAGGCUGUGGGAAGCCCCCUAGCUUCUCUGAUGAGCACCCCCAGACCCCAGGACAAAAGGCUUCUUGCAGCUGCUCUGCCCCGCCUCUCCAGCCAGUAUUCUAGGGAUUAGGACACUCAGGUAUCCGGGCCAUACCCACAGCACCCAGCACCCGGGCAGGUGCUGCUGCCACACCUGGCAGGUGUGGGCUAAGAGGACCGCAGCAAAGGGCUCCAGGGGUAAAGACUCAGCAGGGCCCACAAGGCCUCAUGAGGUAGGGGUGGGGCUGUGCUGAUCCAGGGUGGGGCACCGAGGCUGGGCCUCUCCCCUUUCCUCUACCACCAUGAGAUGCCCAAGGUCUCCUCAAGAAAAAUCAGGGAAGGCAGACAGUGGCUGGGACCUUACCAAGCUGCUGGCCCCAUCUAGCCAAGGCCAUUCAUUGAACUGGUCACCAGGUUCUGCACCUGUAGGUAGAGAGCUGUACAUCUGUCCCUGUGCCCUCAGGCUGGGCGCACCUGGGCCUCUGUGGGCAUCUUACCGGACAGUGCUGGAUUUCUUGGCUUGACUCUAACACUGUCUGGUAACGAUGUUCAAAGGUGACCCACUGCUCUGGAGAUAACCGAAGAUGUGCUGCUCCAAGUUCCUGGAUCCAGAGGUAGGCAGGGCAGGGGCCCUGCAUCCCUGGGUGGGGGUGGGGGCUCAGCAUUCAGACCUGUGUUAACGCCCUGCUUCUGGAGACCAGGGAGAGCAGUAUGGUUCAGGUGCCUGAGUACACGCAUAGGGAACUGAGGACGCCCCCCCCCCCCACACACACACUGUUUCCUGCCCAAGGACAAGGAGUCUGCAUUCUGUUUGCCAGUCAAGGAGAACAGGAAAUUUGUCCAAAAUUAUAAUCCAGGAUGACCCAUUUUAUCUCUCUGAUCUGAGGCCAAGGCACUGAGCCAGGAGCUCACCUGUUGUGGGAUGGGCUGGGGUCUGCCCUGACCUUCUGCUACUGAUUAAGCUACCUAGAAUCACUCAGGAAACUGUGAGGCUGGAGGCGAACAUUUGGCCUGGAUCCAUUGGUCCAGAUCACUCCCUGGUGUCAUCCACAGCACCAAUACCCAGACCCGGGCAGUGUCAAGCCAGGCCAGCAAGACUUCCUCAGAGCAGCCCUGGGCUUGGGACUGGCUCCACUGUCAGGAAGGUGGGCGCCCCCCAGACACCUUCCCUCCACAGGCACCAGGACCAGCAGGACCCAUGCUCGCCCACGAUGGGCGUCUUACCAGACACGGUUAGAUCUGGAUGCUUCUGUCUAAUACUGUCUGGUAAUGCCGUCCAUCCACGGCCUGGUCACCGCGGGAGCAGAACCCCUGGCCCCACAGGACUGUCACUGGACACCAGGCAAAAGCUUGAGUCCUGUGGUCUACCUUAUACAGCUGCCUGGGGCCCCAGGACCCUGCCACCUCUCUUACCCUACAGUGGCUUUGUUAACCACAGAGGUACUGGUGUGACCAAGGGUUCCAUGCGCUGAGACCUGCAUCUGCUGCCCUCAGGGGUACAGGCAAAUGGGGCUGUCACAGCACAGCCUGAUCCCUACACUGAGGGUCUACCAGGGCAGUCACCUGGCACGUGCAGAGGUGGAGCCCCCCCACCCUGAACCUCGGCCCUCAGUACCCCCCAUGCACACAUAGCCAGGUGGCUAACAAGGACCCAGGAGAAACAGCCCUGCCUCUGCCCAUGAUCCCAAGCUUGCCCCCGCCCCCCAGUGUGGGGGGAAAAGAAUACUUGGGCAGGAAAGGGAAAGUCAGCCUGUGACUCACCCCAGCCAGCACCAGGACGCAGAGACUUGGAAGGUGCCAGAGGAAGGUCCUGGGGAUGGGGAAAGGAGCCACCUCCCUCCACACAUCUGGGGAUGAGGUGGUUGGGAGGUCACCUCUCUGCCAGGGGUCUGGCCAGGUAACAGUGACCAGGCAAAACAGGUGUGCAGGUUGUGCAAGCCUUGCCCCUGGUUCCCAUUUGGCCUCCAGCUUGGUCUGCUAAGACUUGGGGAGCUGUCCUGCACCCCAACAUUGGGCACAGAACAGCCCAGUCUUGCAUCAGCAAACCCUCUCUCCUAAGCCCUUCUCUCUCAAGAGAAUUUGAAGCAGUUCCACAAAGCCAAAGGCUCCCGAGUGGCUUCAAACUGGUUUGUAAUUUGAACCUGAGGGGCAGGAGUUUGCUGUGAUGAACACUUGCAGUGGACCCCACCACCAGGGAACAUGGCAGCUCCCUUAUCAGACACAUGUGAACCUCUGACCUCAGUCCUGGACCCAAACAUCCACACCCCAGUGUGGCCAGAUAAUCCUGCACCUGGCCACCCUGUGUCCUCAUGGAUCUCCUCUGUAUCCUUGGUGGUGAUGAAGCCAGUCCCUCUUGAGAGCCACUCUGCUCAUAAACAAGGAGCCCUGGGACUCAGCUGACUUCACCAUCCCAGAGUGGCUCCCACCCAGCAGAGCCCUGGACUCUACGCCAGGCCUCCCUGGCGAGGCACCUAAAGGUAUAGAUUCCUCCCCAUUCUUGCCUGGCUCCUUGUGAACAAAAUGUCUGUAUGGCAAUAAACUAAUCCCUGAAAGUGAGUGGACUCUGACUGCCUUCUUGUAAUUAUACAGAAUGGUGACCAGAGCUUUGUGUGGAGGUUAGUGACACUGUUGGGAGAGAGGGCCCCUUCCCUGGCUCCAUCCUCGAGUCUUUCCCGUCUCAGUUCUGGUCCCAAGGAAAGGGACCAGGAGCAGGAAGGACAGGGCAUGAUUCUGAUGGGGACAGCAGACUGCUCUGAGACAGAGCCCUCCUCCGACCCCAGGCCUGGGAAAGGAAAGCGUACACCCAAGUUAUGGCCCAGCAAGAAGCCGCUGGCGGGUAGUGCUGAGGGGGCCUGGAAGGCUGUGUUCCCAGCAGAGGAGAGGCUACCAUGGAUGGUGAGGGCCAUGGAACUGGGACUGCCUAUGCCCACCAGGCAAGCUGUUCCAAGACUCUAGAAGACAUGCUGCCCCUGAUGCAGGUUAGGCAGCCCAAGAGCCAGGCCAAGCAUUCCCUGUACAUGGUCCAGAUAGGCUCUCAUUCCCACCAGGGUGAGGGGCUCUCUGCCCAGGCCACCUCUUCCCUGGCCACUAGACAGACCAUAACUGCCUGAGCAGAGGGUCUCUUGGGCCAGCACAGGUACUGGGUGUACCAGGACUGAGUCCAGAGACCCUCAGUUGGAUGGGGCCAGCAACGGUAAACUGACCUGCCCCCAGGAAAAUAGGGUAAGGGUAGAAAUCCUGGGGUUCUCCACAGUGGGCAUCUCUCCACCCUAGCCAUGCUUUGGGAGAUACCCCAUCCUGACAGCUCAGGGAAGAGCCACAUGGGGUGCAGCCCAGGGCACGGAAGUCCCCAAGCAAGCAGUGCUGUGCAGUAGCCCAGAAGGAGAGAAGGUCAGCAGGGCAUGGGCCUACACGGCUGGAGGCCUGGGUCAGAGCCCGCUCAGCACCAGCACCCCCUGCCCCUCGACCCUCUACCAUACCUCACCCUGCCUUGGCCCUUCACCAGCCACCUAAUGCCCAUGCUUACCCAGGUUCUACUGGGACACAGUUACCAGGUAACAGUUGCUGGGAGAUGUUGCCAGGUCACCACUGUUGUAUCCCAGCAGAGGGCUCCCGAGACCUCUUGGGCAGGUAAAGCAAGGUCCUCCUGGCUGAAGCGGAGCUUGGCCUUGCCCUCCCGUGGCCCUCUGGGGACCCAGGAGUCAAAGGAAAGGAACAGGGACUGGAGAGAGAACGUUGGCUUGGCUGAGCUAAGCCUUCUCCUCAGGCAGGCCUAGGGGAGGACUGGGCACCUCAGCACAAGUUCACCCACAGCAGGCUUGUCUCCUGGAGGGGCCUGUGAGUGCCUGAUGCUGCUGUCGCUUGCAGGAGUGACGAGGACACUGGCACCCACUCACCUCCAACACUGGAACAGUGCCAACAGUGCAGAACUUGUUUGGCAGAGCAGGACGCAGAGAUGGCCUCGACCCUUCAAGCUCUGAGGCGCCACAGCAGUCGCCGAGACAGGAGCCAGCUCCGAGCAGAAGCUACAGUUCGGGACAGGAAGAAGCAGUUUUCCCUGGGCAGGGCGGGUCUAACCCUGUGCCUUGUCCAAGGGCUGGGGCCUCGGGCUGCCCAAAGGCCCCGCAGGAGGGUGGGCACAGCACUUUAUCAGAGGGGACCUUGCCGUGGGGCCCCAGUGCUGUUCACCCAUGGCCGUGUCCUAUUUGUCCACCACUGGGGUCAGCACACAUGGACACACAUGUGUUCCAGAAGACCCAAGCGGUCCAGGACCCAACGGCACCGUGUCCAGGUGUCAGGCUGGACCCAUGAGAGACAGAUGGGCAGCAGUGGCGAGGAGCAGCUGAGCCAACUGGUCUCAGAUGCAGACCUCCUGGAUGGUGCAGACACUGCCAGUUGCCCAGCGGCCCUCCUGAAAGAGUUCCUGCAGGACAGGGACAAGCAUUUCCCUAGCAAUGGGCAGGGUCCUUUCUUCUACAUCGGCGGCAGCAAUGGAGCCUCCAUCAUCAGCGCCUACUGUAGGAGCAAGGGCUGGCAGCGCACCCAGGACAGCCGCCGGGAGGACUACAAGCUGAAGUGGUGCGAGAUCAAGUGCCGGGACAACUACCACAGUUUCCGGGAAGGCCAGCAGCUGCUGUUCCAGCUCCCCAACAACAAGCUGCUCACCACCAAAAUUGGGCUGCUUAGUGCCCUGCGGGAACAUGAAAGGACCGUAAGCAAGGUGAAUCGGAUGCCACCAGGCACCCAGCCCAGGGUGCUGAAAAUGGAAGACUUUUUCCCUGAGACUUACCGCCUCGAUGUCAGCAAUGAGAGGCAGGCGUUCUUCACCCUGUUUGAUGAAACCCAGAUGUGGAUCUGCAAGCCCACAGCCUCCAACCAGGGCAAGGGCAUCUUUCUGAUCAGAAGCCAGGAGGAGCUUGCCACCCUGCAGGCCAAGAUACAGAGCAUGGAUGACGGUCCCCUUCACUGCAAGAUACCCUUCCGGGGGCCUCAGGCGCGGGUGGUGCAGAGGUACAUCCAGAACCCACUGCUGCUGAAUGGAAAGAAGUUCGACGUGCGCUCCUACCUGCUCAUUGCCUGUGCUGUACCCUACAUGGUCUUCUUUGGUCACGGCUAUGCUCGCCUCACCCUCAAUCUCUACGAUCCCCACUCCAGUGACCUCAGUGGCCAUUUGACCAACCAGUUUAUGCAGAAGCAGAGCCCCCUGUACAUGCUGCUGAAGGAGGAUACAGUGUGGAGCAUGGACCACCUCAACCGCUACAUCAACGACAAGUUCCAGAGGACCAAAGGCCUCCCCCAGGACUGGGUCUUCACCACCUUCACGAAGCGGAUGCAGCAGAUCAUGUCCCACUGCUUCCUGGCGGUCAAGUCCAAGCUUGAGUGCAAGCUGGGUUACUUCGACCUCAUUGGCUGUGACUUCCUGAUUGAUGAGAACUUCAAGGUGUGGCUGCUAGAGAUGAACUCCAACCCUGCCCUGCACACCAACUGUGAGGUCCUAAAGAAGGUGAUCCCCGGGGUGGUCAUGGAGACCCUAGAUUUAGCGCUGGAGACCUCCCAGAAGAGCCUGCGCGGCCAGAAGAUGCUGCCCUUGCGCGCACAGCGCCGCUUCGCGCUCCUGCACAACGGCGAGGCGGACCCGCGCCCGCUCCUGCGCCCGCGUCUGGGGGCCACGGGGGCACGGCCCCGCCCACUAGCACCCCUUCCACAUGCGUGCCCCCGCCCCCGGCCUCCAGGCCCCGCCCCCAACACAGGCCCCGCCCCUGGGGAACCGUGCGCCGAGCGGAGGGGCACUGGCCACCGGGGCUCCUAGCGGCUGUAUCUCGCGGCACCAUAAAAGACUACUUUGUGACAAGGUGUCCUCUUCAGAGCCUGGACACCCCAAGCUUCCCUCUGCCUCUCUGCGGAUCUUAACAGGGUAGGGGAGUCUGGGCAGCCCCCAGGUCCCAGGCGCCCCGCCCCGUGUCCUCGCCCUCUCAACCCUCAGGACCCGCCUGCGAGGCCUCCUGAGGGCAUGCAUUGCCCUGGGAGCCUCUCUCGAUUGCUCCUCAGGGCGCACCGGGCUAGCGCCACCCUGCCUGGCACAUCAGACACGGCCUUUCCCCAGCCCAGGGUUCCUUUGCCGAGAACCUUGUGGGGGUGAGCGGUACAAUCAGGACAGAACUGUCCCUGAAAGGCUGUGCUGAGCCCCUAGGCAGAAACGUCCCAGGGUCCCAUCACCCUCAUUACCCUCUGCUCUUGCCACCUUGAGACCUGGGCCUCUGUGUCACACAGGCCUCUGCCUCCUCUCUUAGUGUCCUGCUAGUGUCUAAGGCUCCCUGAGCGGCCCUGCACCCUCUUGCUCCUUGACUGUCCCCACCCUGGCUUUCAGCUGCCCACCCCAGCGUCUGCACUCUCCCGAAGCCAGGGCCAAGUGGAAAACAACAACUCUUGCCCUACCCACCCUCCCGCUAGCCCGGGACAGCAGACCUAAUCCUGGGAGAAGCCGGCAGCCUUCAUUCCCACUCUUUGUUCUUGGAAGAAGGCUGGCUUGAGAUGUGGUGGAUCCAUUCCCAGCAUGUGAGAACCUGGCACCAGGAGAGGGCGCCAUCCACUAUGGUGGCUAGUGGCCCGCGAAGGUCAUGGAUAGACAGAGAAGGGAGGUUCAGAGUCAGUGGCCCUUCCAGAUGCCCGUGUUGCCUGCCCAGGAGGCUAGGAGGGAUAAAGACCUGCACUGGGGCUGGGGCAGCAUGCCUGCCCCUGGGAUCAGAGUCACCCCGACAGUACCCAGGGCUGUUGCCCAGCCACAUCACCCUCAUUACUCUCUUGCCAACUUGAGACUUGGGCCUCUGUGCCACACUGGCCUCUACCCACUCUCUUAGUGCCCUGCCUGCCAUCCCUGGUUCUCCCCACCUGCCACAUGGGGCUGUGGCCACAGGUUCAGGGGCAUUGAGAUGUCAGAAGUGAUCAAGCUUUCCCUGCUGCUUUGGGGUACGUGGAGUCUCCAUGUGGAGAUGUGAUGAAAAGUGCCUGAUGGCAGUGUCCUGCCCUGUGCUUAGGAGACCCCACCCAGCCCAGGACCCCCCCAAGGUCUGGACUGUGUCUUCUGUACCCACAUCCUUGGCAGCACCUGGAGCUGAUAUGUCAAUAAAGUUUCUGGAGAUCCUC